GGGAACUGCAAACAGUGCAGAAGCCGCUUCCGGUCGGAGCACCCGGAACCGCCACCUCUAAGGAUGGACGGUCAGACUCUGCGAAAGGCUGAGAGAAGCCGGUCCUGCUCGCGGGAGAAAAAGGAGGGUUACACUAAGGACAUGGUGACAGACUUUGAUGAGAAACAUGAUGAGUAUUUAAUAUUGCUUCAGCAGAGGAACCGGAUAUUAAAGCAUUUGAAAACCAAGGACCCUAUGCAAUUGAGACUGGAGCACUUGGAGCAGGGGUUCUCUGUCUAUGUCAACGGGGCCAAUUCUGAGCUGAAGACGUCGCCGCGGAAAGCCGUCCACUCCGACUUCUCCAGAAGUGCAUCACAUGCCGAGGGGACACAAGAUUGUGGACGAAGAACCCUGUUUCAAGAAGCUGAAGAAGCUUUAAGACGCAGUUCACGGACAGCCCCCAGCAAAGUCCAGCGCCGAGGAUGGCACCAGAAAUCUGUGCAGAUCAGAACAGAAGCUGGUCCUCGGCUCCACAUCGAACCUCCUCUGGACUAUUCUGAAGAUUUUGAGCCAUGUGGGAAUGUGACUGUCAAGGCAAAGGACGCUUCUGGGGAUUGUCCACAGGAUUCCAAAUCCUUCACCAAGCCCUGCGAUUUUAACUUCUCAGUUCAAAACACACAUGGAUGUCUGGACCCUCCCGGCAAUAUGGACAAAGAAAGGAUCCUCUUAACUAUUCAGGAUGUAAUGGAACUGAGGAAAAGUCUGGAGCUUAGUGUAAGUCUACAAAGGAAACAAAAGGAUUGUUCCAGUGAUGAGUAUGACUCCAUCGAAGAAGACGUACUCUCUGAGCCCGAGCCUGAGGACCAGGUGCUGGUGGGCCAUCCCAGACACGACCCCCCUCUGUCCAGUGAGGACUCAGUGCAGAAGGAUGUUCCUGAGGACCAGGAGACAGAAGGACGCCCUCCCCAGGGCCCAGACACCCUCGUGGUGCUGGAAUUUAACCCGGCUUCCAAAAGUAAUAAAAAGGAAAGAAAUUUGUCCGCUAAGCGGAAGGACAACGCUGAUGUCUUCAUUCCCAGCAAACCUGAGCCAAACCUGAAUCCCCAGCUCCCCACUGUGAUCCCAGACCAGGAGAGGCCAUGCUCAAGACCUGGAAGCCGUCGAGAGAGGCCCCUAUCAGCAACCCGAAAACCAGUGCUGGAGGCUGAGGACCGAGAGGAAGAUGCCUCAGCUGUGCUCAAGGCCAUCCAGGUGGAGAAUGAAGCCCUGCAGAGGGCAAUUCUGAACAGAAAGGCCGAGCCCUGCGCCAGCCCACUGCAGGACACUGAGGGACCACCAGCAAAAUCGUGGACCAGUCUGCUGCAGGAGAAGGACGAGAGCCCUGAGCUGCUUCCCAUCACCGUGGUGACCAGCCUGCCGCCAGAGCCAUCCAGGGCAGCAGGGGGAGCCAGAGCCGUCAGUGAAGCCAUUGACAGAAUUGGCCUUUUGGGGAGCAGACAACAGCAGAAGCUUCUGAAAGUCCUCCAGGCCAUCGAAAGUGACUCUGCCCAUCUCAGCCAGGUGGCUUCACCCACUGAGGAGCAAUUGCCGCAUGCAGAGGACAAAUUGAGAAUGAGAGCAGAAGAGCUAAAAGAUGCCACCUAUGUGACGAUGGAAAUUCUGUCCAACUGGGGCAAUGCGUCAUGGGUGGGUCUCACAGAAGUUGAGUUCUUUGACCUGAACAACACGAAGCUUUACGUGUCGCCCCAUGAUGUGGAUAUCCGGAACACGGACAUGCCCGGCGACCUGGGCCUCCUGGUCAAUAGGAACUUAUCUAGCAAGAAAGACCCCUCCUUGUGGACGUGCCCCUUCCACCCUCCGCUCCAGCUCUUUUUCAUUAUCCGCGACGCGAGACCACUGCGUGACUUCGGUCUGGCCAAGAUCAGGGUUUGGAAUUACUGGACCGCUGAUGGCGAUCUUGAUAUUGGUGCCAAAAAUGUGAAGCUUUACGUCAACAAAAACCUCAUCUUUGAUGGCCAGUUGGACAAAGGAAGUGGGGAGGCCCCGGCUGACCAGAGCAUCCCGGUUGGCCUGCAAAAUGAGAAUGAGAGAAUGGAGAACACCGUUCAUGCCCACUCAGAAGAAAGCAAAGAUGCCUGCACGGCAGCCGGCACAGAUGGGGACAAAGAGCUCAGUGUCAGUCGCUCACAGACAGCUGGAGCAGUAGUGGAUGGGAAGGUUUCCUCACCAGGAAAUUUGUUUGGCGAAAGGUCGAGUUCUCCAGACUGCGUGAAAGACAAUUUGUCCAAGUUAGAGGACGACUUCAGCUCCUUAGCACCCUCGGCCUCGAUGGGAGGCGUGCCCAGUGGUCCUCCCCUCACCCCCCCUGUGGAUUGUCCUCUUGACCAACAACUGGAAAACCUCACAGGCAGAAAAGUCUCUGAGCCUCCAGGGAAAACCCCGUCCUGGCUACAGCCUUCUCCCACAGGGAAAGGCAAGAAACAGGGCGGCAGGAAGCCAAAACCCCUCUGGCUGAGUCCUGGGAAGCCACUGGACUGGAAAGACAGGCUUCUGUCAGAGGACGUCAUUGGUGACAUCAUCAGUGAAGGUCCUGGAGAGAUCGAGGCCAAGGAUAAAGGCCCCAGGCGUGAGCAGGUGCGGGGGAGCAGCUGGAAUGUCAUCUCAGGGGAGAGAGCCCAGAGGGUGACCCCCAAAGUCUGCUAUGAUGACUUCGACAUCUUUACCCAGCCCUCCAACAGGGAGCGCCCUGCUAGUGGGAGGAGGGGCCCGAAGAAGGAUGCCCUCAGCAGUGGGCGUGGCGAUGGUCAGCUCGCAGGCAGAGAAGACACCUGGUCCAGGAUGCUGCCACGGUCCUGGGGCCACAGCGAGCAGGAGCACACACUGCACGAGUCGUGGAACUCCCUCAGUGCCUUUGACCGCUCCCAUCGGGGGCGCAUCUCCAACAUGGCGUUCCAGGGGGACAUCCUGGACGAGUUCCUGCAACAGCAGAAGAGCAGCCGGCACAGCGAGCAGCUGCCCCUCUGGAAGGAGGAGAAGCCGGAGCCCACGAGAGGGCAGGACAGCUGCUCCAUCGACACAGACGACGGGAGCAACUUUAAAAUCCCCGUCCUGCCUUAUGGACAGCACCUGGUCAUCGACAUCAAGUCUACGUGGGGGGACAGGCACUAUGUUGGCCUCAACGGAAUAGAAAUAUUCAGUUCCAAGGGCGAGCCGGUGCAAAUUGCAAACAUCCAAGCAGACCCCCCCGACAUCAACAUUUUGCCAGCCUAUGGGAAGGACCCCCGUGUGGUCACCAACCUCAUCGAUGGGGUGAACAGGACCCAGGACGACAUGCACGUCUGGCUGGCCCCCUUCACGCCGGGCAGGUCUCACUCCAUCUCCGCUGACUUCACGCACCCUUGCCACGUCGCCCUGAUCAGGAUUUGGAAUUACAACAAAUCACGGAUACAUUCCUUCCGCGGCGUGAAGGACAUUGAGAUCCUGCUAGAUGCGCAGUGCAUCUUUAACGGAGAAAUCGCCAAGGCCUCGGGAACCUUGACAGGAGCCCCGGAGCACUUUGGAGACACAAUCUUAUUCACGACCGAUGACGACAUCCUCGAGGCCAUAUUCUGUUCGGAUGAGACAUUUGACCUGGACGUGGAGAGCCUCUGCGGCCUGCAGUGCGAGGAGGUGCUGAGGAGGCCCAGCACGGCUGACGGCGACGGGGAGGAGAGGCCCUACACCCAGGCCGGCCUGUGGGCCGAGGACCGGGUCCUGGACCUGGAGCUGCCACCUAGUCCCCCUGUCACUGAGGUCGCCACUCCAGAGCCGGGCAUCUACCAUGGGAUCUGCCUUCAGCUGAAUUUCACUGCCUCCUGGGGGGACCUGCACUACCUGGGGCUCACGGGCCUGGAAGUGGUGGGCAAGGAUGGCCAGGCACUGCCCAUCAACCUGCACCAGAUCUCCGCCUCCCCCAGAGAUUUAAAUGACCUCCCUGAAUACACUGAUGACUCCCGGACCCUGGACAAGUUAAUCGAUGGAGCCAACAUCACAAUGGAGGACGAGCAUAUGUGGCUGAUCCCCUUCUCGCCGGGGCUGGACCACGUGGUCACCAUCCGCUUCGACAGAGCCGAAAGCAUAGCGGGCCUGCGCUUCUGGAACUACAAUAAAUCUCCUGAGGAUACCUACCGAGGGGCCAAAAUCGUCCACGUCUCCCUGGAUGGCCUGUGCGUCUCCCCUCCAGAGGGCUACCUCAUCCGGAAGGGGCCGGGCAACUGCCACUUCGACUUUGCUCAGGAAAUCCUCUUUGUGGACUACCUACAGGCUCGACUCUUGCCCCAGCCAGCCCAGAGGCUUGAUACGAAAAGCCUGGAGCGGGCGAGCAUGGACUAUGAGGCACCACUGAUGCCCUGUGGCUUCAUUUUUCAGUUUCAGCUCCUGACCAGCUGGGGCGACCCCUAUUACAUUGGUCUUACGGGCCUGGAGCUCUAUGAUGAAAGGGGAGAGAAAAUCCCUCUGUCAGAAAACAAUAUCGCCGCCUUCCCCGACAGCGUGAACUCCCUGGAGGGCGUGUGCGGGGACAUCCGGACCCCUGACAAGCUCAUCGACCAAGUGAAUGACACCAGUGAUGGCAGACACAUGUGGCUGGCUCCCAUCCUGCCAGGGCUGGUGGGUUCCCAGAGGCUCUCGGCGCUGGGGUCGGUGAACCGGGUUUAUGUGAUUUUUGAUCUGCCUACCACCGUGUCAAUGAUCAAACUGUGGAAUUAUGCGAAAACACCCCAUCGAGGGGUGAAGGAGUUUGGCCUCCUGGUGGACGACUUGCUUGUGUACAACGGGAUCCUGGCCAUGGUGGGCCACCUGGUUGGGGGCAUCCUGCCCACGUGUGAGCCCACACUGCCCCACCACACCAUCCUUUUCACCGAAGACACAGACAUUUGCCACCAGGAGAAACACACCACCAUCAGUAAUCAGGUGGAGGACCAGGAUGUCCAGAUGAUGAAUGAAAACCAAAUCAUUACCAACUCGAAAAGGAAGCAGAGUGCAGUUGACCCAGCCUUACGCCCCAAAACCUGCAUAAGUGAGAAGGAGACAGCAAGACGGUGGCGGUGCUGACUGCGGAAGGAGGGAGAGCUGGUCCUCUCGGCCAGCACAGGGCUACAUCGCUGGCCCCCACUCAGUACCCGUGGCCCCUCCCCUCAGUCCUCGGUGUCAGCCAGCCCAGACCGCAGGGGCUAGAAGAGAGCCGUGGUGUGGAGGGGAGCACACUGGGGAAAAGGGCCUUGAGGGAUGGACGACCCUGGAAAAGGUGGGAGCUCCAGGUGGGAGGAGCCAGUGCUGCUGCUGAGGGUGAGCCGUGACCUUCCGCUGUCCCCUGCAGGGAGCCCCAGGACACCCAGCUUGGUGCCUCUCCCAUGAGAUCCAGCAAAGCAGGGCUGGCGUCCACUCAGGCCUGUCAUAGGUUCCCUGGAUCAGGUCUGACUCGGGCCUGGGCAAGGAGGUCGGCCGGCGAGGCCUCUCAUCCAGCCCAGAGCAUGGCUGAGCAGGGCAGGGGGACCAGGCCUCAAACGCCAACACCAGAGUGUGCUGGGGGAGGCUCCGCCUUCCGGGGCCCAAGCUGAAGCGCCAAAAACCCCCGUCAUACACAUCCCUGCCUCAUUCGGGGGCUGGUAGAUCUGGCUGAGAGGGCAGGAUUGUUCCCUGGACCCCUAAAUGUCUAGCCCAGAACUGCUGUAACCCCCUCACUCAUCUCGGGUGCCGCUGGUCCUGCACGGGCCUCUGUCCUCUUGUCAAGCCUGAGAAGGAAUUGGCCAAGGGCGUGUAUCCGCCUGCCAUCCAGAGCUGGGCCCACCCUGACAUACAGGGCACUGGUUUCUGAAGUGCUGCCAGGCCCAGGUGGGACCGGCAGGUGAGCAGCUUCAGACCCCAGAGGGCCAGCGAGGCCCAUCCAGAUGCCCUCCUGCCAGGGGGUACAGGGCAGGGGGUACAGAGGACCAGUGCCACAACCCUACCCUCUGCCCCCGGAAGCUACCUCCCCUUCCGCUUGACUUCUUGUCGGGAGGGCGGUGGCCCUCAUUGCACGCGCUGCCGCAUCCCUGGAGUCUCUGGGCGUGUUUUUCUUGCUGCGUUCUUCCUCUUUAUCCAUGUCUGUGCCCUUGCAGUCAGCCAGGGCGGUCCUUGCUGCCCAGGGCCCCACCCUUUCUCCCUCUUGCUGCAGCUUCCCAGCAAAUGUGCCUUGCACCCCCAGCCGAGUGAAGCCCAGAACACAUCUAUUUCCAUCUAUGUAACAAGCUCGGAUCAAGGACCUAAUUGGUUUCCCAGUGGUGGGUAAUUUCUCGUUCCCAAUAUUAAUCCGUUGUUUUCUUGGCGCCCAGCCCGGCCCACCGCGUACUGUACUCGAAGUACGUUCCUAUGCAACCACGAGCCCAGCAAAUACUUUAUGAGCUUUGCAGCUUCCACGGGCAGCUAUGCAAAUGCGCUUUACAUUUGGAGUGUGGGGUCGAUGUGGUGCAGAUAAGGAAUUGUUUCGCCCCAAGAAGAUCCAUCGUUUCUGUAGCUUCCAGGCCCCGGGCUUCCCUGCUCCUGUCCCAGAUGUGCUGAGCUCCUCCGGGGCCUCUCGGGUUUGGGGUUGAUCCAACCAGUUCUUAGAGACCAGAACUGGUGCGGUGGCUUGAAAGGGAGCCCAGCUGUCCAUUCCCGCCUGGGGCACUGGCAUGGGUCAGGUUUGUUGGGGAGAAUACGCAAACGCCGCGCACACUGGUUGCCACAUCUCAGCUGACGUUUAUGAUAACUGUGUACCAUGCAAUCUAGAAGGAAAAGAAGGCUGUACAGGCAUUAACUCUAAAAUAAAUUUCUAUUUUUUUCUCCU